AGGUCUUAGCUGUGUGACUUUGAAGAUACACCUGUAUAAACCGUGCUUAUAAUGAGGAAAGAAAAUCAAGUCACGGAAACUCUGGAAGACACAAAUUCUUUGCUCUGCACUCAGUCGGAACUAAAAUCGUCAACAAUGUUUUCUGAAUCUCCGGAAAAAUCAUUUAACAAGUCCCGUGUCGCCCGUCCGUCUGUGUCCGCUCCACAAUCCAGGACGAGCUCCAUACGAAAAGUUAAAACAGAUAGCCUUGGACAAACUAGCAAAAAUAUACGAAGGAAUAGUCUUCCACUAGAUUAUGAUUUGACAAAUAUAUUUCCAUUUCACGACGGAAAUUUCCCUCAACGCACUAAUUCUCAUGAGACUUUCCAACGUGUAAGAUCAUUUAAAGUGACUUCCAAAGGACUUGUUAACCAUGGCGAUUCCUUCAGAAAUAAAAACAGGGGUAGAACUCUUCCGUCAAGUGGAUCAUUUAAACUUGACAAAAAACAGCCAUUGCCGAGCGAAACCUCAAAUGAUACGGACAGUUACUCUAGUAGUGCUAACGAGUAUUUUCGAAUUGCAAUACUUGGUGCCCACAGUGUUGGAAAAACAACGCUUAUGAACCAGUUUAUGACAUCUGAAUAUAUUGGCGGACAGGACGAUGUCAGUGACAACAGAGCUUCCAUGAAUGUUUCGGUGCUCCUCGAUGGCGAAGAAUCCUCACUUGAAUUUUGGGAUGCUCAGGUAGACCAUAAUGUUGGUGAAAGUUUUUUUGAUGCCUUUAUCUUCGUUAUGUCGGUGGAUGAUGUGGCUUCUUUUGAUACAGCAAACGAUGCCAUGCACCGCCUAAGGAACGAUCUGGGUUCUGAUCGCCCUAUUAUUCUUGUUGCUAACAAGAUUGAUUUGGUACGCAACAGGAAAGUCACCUCCGAAGAGGCUAGACAAGUUGCAAAUCAACAUGACGCCAAAUAUAUUGAGACGUCCGUGACAUUACACCAUCACGUGGAUGAACUUUUAGUCGGGAUAAUACGUCAGAUCCGGUUGCAAUUAAAUGGCAUUAUUCCGACAUUCGUGUCUUUCAAUAGCAAGAAACAAAAGUACAUAAAAGGGCCAAGAAACUUUCUAAAGAAGAUUCUAAAACUUAAAAGAAAAAGCAAAGAGUCAGUUGAGAAUGUAAUUGAAUAUUAAGUUACUUUUAUGUGAAUUUAUCUGUGAUAAUAUAUACAUUCGAUUUGAUAUAAACAUGCGAUUUGUUAAACUGAGUUGUUAAUAAAUUUGUUGAACUGAUA